AUGUUGGCUGCUUGGAGAAGGUUUUUCCAUCCGUCGGGAAAUGACGAUGCGUCCAGUCCUUCCUCGCUGUACAACGAAAAAUGCAACCAGCUCGAAAUCAAUGUCACCGAAUCCAGUCCACCAAAAGCCACGGGAGCGGUCAAAAUCGAGGCCGUCGAAGCUGUGGGCGGCCGGAAGGGAAGAUAUCUCCUCUAUAUCGGCUUGGUCAUGCUUAUGGUCAUCUUCGAACUGGACAACUCGACCGUAGGGACUUAUCGCAACUUCGCGACAUCCGACUUUAAACAUCUCUCGGUGCUGGCGACGCUCAACACUGCGGCCAGCAUCAUUACAGCCGUAAGUAAACCGCCCAUAGCCAAAAUCUCCGACGUCUUAGGGCGGGCCGAGGCAUACAUCUUUACCAUCACAUGCUACAUUCUGUCGUAUAUUCUCUGCGCAUCAUCCAAGACGUUCAACAUCUAUGCGGGUGGCUACGUAUUCUACUCCGUCGGCCAGGCCGGCACGGCCAUCCUCAACUCCACCGUCGUCUCGGAUAUCUCGUCCAUGCGCUGGCGAGGCUUUGUCUACAACAUCCUGUACAUCCCCUUCCUGAUCACGCCAUGGGUGUCGGCAUUCAUCGUCGACAGUGUCGUCAAUGGCAUUGGCUGGCGCUGGGGCAUCGGCAUGUUCGCCAUCUUGAUGCCCUUCUGUGCCAGUUUCAUCAUUGUCACUCUCCUAGUCUUCGAACGACGGGCCAAACGCUCGGGCCUCAUCCUGACGGAGAGACUGAAUCUCGUCACGUUCUGCUCGCGCAUCGAUCUGGGCGGCAUCAUUCUGCUCAGUGGCGGGUUUGCAUUGGUGCUGAUCCCCAUUACCCUGGCCGCCACGACAUCCGAUUGCUGGAAGACGCCGUGGGUCGACGCCUUGAUCGUGCUGGGCGGCAUCGCUCUGGCCGGUCUGUAUCCGUACGAGAAAUACGUCGCCCGCCACCCGGUUGUCCCGACCCACUACUUCCGUAACUUGUCCGUUGUGGUCCCGAUGGCGUUAGCAUGCGUGGACAACAUCGGAUUCGGAACCACCCAGACCUACCUCUACGUCUGGUCCAUGGUGUCCCACAACUUCUCGCCCCGGGAUGCACAGUUCCUCAACUACACCAACAGCGUCAUGCAGGCGUUGGUCGGGAUGGGCACCGGACUGCUCAUGUAUCGGCUGCGGUCGUACAAAUGGAUCGGGGUGAUCGGCGCCGCCAUCCGAAUGGUCGGGUACGGAGUGAUGGUCCGUCUGCGCAAAAACGAGAGCUCCGUCGCGGAACUGUUCAUCGUUCAGCUGAUCCAGGGUGCUGGCAGCGGGAUGAUCGAAACGAUUGUGAUCGUCGCGGCACAGAUUUCGGUGACGCAUGCCGAACUGGCGCAGGUUACGUCGCUGAUCCUGCUGGGAUCGUUCCUGGGUAAUGGCAUCGGCUCGGCGAUCGCCGGCGCGAUUUACUCCAAUCAGCUGCGUGACCGGCUGCGGUUGCAUCUCGGACACAGUGUCGCUGAGGCCACCGUCGUCCGGCUGUACAACUCCAUUACGGAUACGCUGCCGGCUUGGGGCACGGCGGAGCGAAAUGCAGUCAACCGAGCGUAUUCCGAUGUCAUGGGGUACAUCACCAUCGCCGCGUUGGCGCUGUCCGCUCCCGUCGUCAUCCUCUCUCUACUCGUGCCGAACAAGAGGCUUGGCGACGGACACAAUCUGGUCCAAGAUAACCAAAGCAACGAUUCACGAUCCUCCGACGAAACCCUGGUGGACGAAAAGACCUGCACCCGAUAA